UAUUUAAAGGUGUCAGUUACUGCUCAUAUUCUCAUUCAUAAUUAAAUAUUAUCAAUAUAGAGGCAACUUUGUUUGAAAGAGUUCCUUACAAUUUCUAACUGGAAUAAUUUUGCUUAUCUAUAUUGAUUAAUUUGAUCAGGAUGGAUAAGGAUAUCCUGUGGGCCACCGCAAUAGUGGACCAAAAAGCUGAGUUGGACCAACAAGAGCAGAAACGCAGAAUGUGCGCCCAGAAGAUGGGAAUUUUGAUUGUGGAUGACACUAAAGACAGAAGAGAGAUGAGCAAUGAAUCACUUAAUCAGAGUUUUGCAAAUACUCAGGUGGAGGAGCGGGUGAGGAGGACCUCGUCUGAUCUUAGGUAUGAGAUAGUGGAUCUAGGUGGUGCAGAGAAUAUUACUGAACUCCGUUUGAGGAAAAAGAUGAAGAAUAAAGCAUCAAAAUCUAGCAACCUAACCAAUAUUCAUGUGGGUCCUGUGGAUUGUGAAAACUUCUUAAAGGCAGCCACAAAUGGAAACCUCAUAGUGGUUGAUAAGUUCUUAGAAGAUGGAGGAGACCCAAACACAGCUGAUGAGUUCAGAAAAACAGCACUUCAUAGGGCUGCCUUUGAGGGUCAUGUUAAGAUCAUGGAGAGUUUACUGGAUAAGGGGGCAAACAUCGACUUCCAAGAUCGGUUGGCGUGCACGGCUGUGCACUGGGCCUGCAGGGGUGGACGUCUGGCUGCUCUUAAGCUCCUGCAGAGCAGAGGAGCUGACUUAAAUGUCAAAGACAAACUUCUGAGCACUCCAUUACAUGUGGCUACCAGAACAGGCCACUGGGAAGUUGUGGAGCAUCUUGUGUCCAGUGGUGUCCAGAUUAAUGCCAAAGAUCGGGAGGGUGAUACUGCAUUGCACGAUGCUGUCAGACUGAACAGAUACAAAAUAGUCAAGUCGCUAAUAUUGGCAGGAGCAGACAUGAAGAUUAAGAAUGCUGAGGGUGUUACGGCGACGGAGCAGGUGAAGAUGUGGCAGUGUGACACUAAGGAGAUGCUGGAGAAACUGGAGCAGAUGAAAUAGUAUGACCUGGCUUGAAGGCACAUUUUAUAAAGUACAGUUGAUGACACUGGUAUCUUCACAUGGAAGGAUUUAUUCUCUCUUUCACUGGAUUAGAAUUAUUCACUGAUUUUUAUCUGCUGACUACACACAGGUUUGUAUAGAAAUCCUUGCAUUGCUGUGCUUAACCUAAAACUGGUAACAUUUUAGUUAUAUUAAAAUGGUCAAUUUGUUUCAUAUCUGAUGCACAGGUGUAUAACACAGAUGUGGAUACAACAGACUGAUAUAAAUCACUUCUAUAACAGCAGCUUACUGAGUAUUUGUUUGAAAAAAAUCUCUCUUUUUUUCAUUAAAAUCAAUUUGGUUUAAUAAUCAAAAUAUUAUGCAAUACAUUACAAUGUUUCAAGCAUUUUAAGUAAGGCCACAUUAUUGAGUAGAUCUUUGUAAUGCUUAAGUAAAACAGUAACUGAUAUUAUUAACUCAUGUUCUGUUGACAUUGUGAUUGAAAUGGUGUCUGAUGCAUGCAAAGUCAAGUUUACCCACGUUAAUGUUAACUGCAUUAAAGCACAGAUGUGCUGGCCUUCUUUUUAAAUACAUGCCAUGUUCCAGGGACAAAGAGGAAGCAGGGUUAGGAUUUCUGUUUUGUCCCUGACUUAACAGUAGGCUUUGUGAAGAGGCAUUAGUACAUAGUUUCCAGUUACUAUCAGGGGUUACCCUUUGCACAAGUGAAAUGAAUAUACUGUACCGUUGCCAGUCACGUGGAUCAGCACUAUCACUCUUUGCACAUAUUUUAAUUAAAGCUCAGAGAUAGAUACCCAUUGUUCCAUCAUCCUGAAACGCCCAACAUGCCAAGGGUGCCCAAUAACCAGAGACAAAGUGUGCAAAUCAAUAUGUGGGAUGGUUUUGUAAACAUUACAUACAUAUGCGUGUAUACACACCCACACACUGUGAAGGCUUCAUGGGAGCGGAAAUUUCUGUAUGUGGCUCUGCUUACAUGUGACCUCUAAGUUUCUGGCACUUUGUCUAUGGUGAGAGAUUGAUUUCCACCACCAUUUGUUCAAGCAUUUAAAGCAAGCCUAAAGCCAGCUAGAGUAGCAUUCAUUUUCUUUUUGCAAAUUCCAUGAAUGGUUUUAUUAACAUGUCCAUGUGUUUUUAAUCUUCUUUUGCACUGUAAAUACAACAUGUGCCUUUACGCAUAUCUAUAUAUAAAAAAAAGAAAGAAAAGAAACAAAAAAGAAAAUUGUUUGGGGAGACACAGAUAAUUGGAGGUCUCCUGAACCAGAGAAGGUUCAUUGACACUAGCUUGUCUCUACAACAAACAAAUAAAACAUGCCAUAAAACAAUAAAUUAAUAAAACACAUUUAAAAAUAAACCUUCAGAUCACUAUUACCCUGUUCGUACUCUUUAAAAAAAUUAUAGAGGUAAUGUCUUUUAGAAAUUUAGGUCUACUGUAAACUUCCCCUGAUUCUGUAUGCUAACUGCCAGUAUGACCAAUAGAGAGCACCAUUUUGCUUUGCUUUGUGAAAUAAAUCCUGUCCUACAUUCAGUGUUACAUAGAACUGUGACUUCUCCAUGCGUGAUGAGAUAACUCUUCUAGACUAGCAAUACGUGAAACAUAACGACAUAAUACAAUGUUACAACUUUUUUGUGAUAUAGAAAAUA